CUGCAUCUAACCUCAAACUGUCUCCCUCCAGCUUGCUUACAUCGCACUUGGCUGCUUGUGUUCACGCCGCUCUUUAGUCUGCAGGUCACAAAAUGCUCACCUGCCCAUUGGGGGAAAAAAACAAAACAAUCUUUUUAUGUAUUUUUCUAUGUAUUUAUGAAUCUCACAUUACAUCGUCGUGUCUAAGCAACCUCCCUCCCUCGCUCCCCUCCUCCUCCGCCCCACUACGCAAUCGAGCCGGCACUGCUUGGUGUCGUUAUAACCUCGCGCUUGGAUGUCUGCUGCGCUCUUCAUCGUCCAUCCUCCUCAUCCUCGUCGUCUCCGCCGCCGCGCCACUCUGAACCCACAACGGAACUCAAAGCGAGAGAAAUGACAGACCCGGUGACCAGAGAGUUCUACCCAGUCCCGGAGUUAACCAUAGUGGAUCCGUCUCCAGGCACGGUGCGGAACGGCCAGUGCGCCCCGGAUGGCUUCGGCAACAACCGCAACAACCAGCAGCAGCAGCACGUCAGAAGCCCCGUCCGACAUGAGCCUCUCACCACCGGCCAGGAGAUGAAAAUCGCAGACAGUGUGGAGGGAGAAGGUCUCCUUGAGAGCAGCCUGCGUCUGAAGCCUCAUGAGGCUCAGAACUAUAGGAAGAAGGCUCUCUGGGUCUCAUGGAUCUCCAUCGUGGUCACCCUCAUACUGGCCGUGACAGCUUUCACUGUCUCGUUCAUGAGGCACAGCGCAUCGGCCUUCGGAUUUGCCUUUGAUGCCACCUUGGAUGUUCUCUCAUCAAUCAUUGUACUCUGGCGCUACAGCAAUGCGGCCGCUGUGCAUUCAGCACACCGAGAAUACAUAGCUUGUGUGGUCCUGGGAAUUGUGUUUGUGCUCUGCUCCCUGUGCAUUCUUGGAAAGGCAAUUCAUAAUCUGGUUUCAAGGAUGCCCCCAGAAGUGGAUGACUUCCUCUUCAGUGUGUCCAUUGUGAGUGGAUUUGUGUGCACUGUGCUGGCUGUUGCCAAGUUCAUGCUGGGCAAAGUGCUCACGAGCCGCGCACUCAUCACAGAUGGCUUUAACUCUCUGGUUGGUGGUUUCCUGGGAUUUACCAUUCUUAUCAGUGCCCAAGUGUUCAAGGACCACCCUGAUGUCUGGUUCUUGGAUGGCUUGAUUGGAUUUCUCAUUGGACUCAUCAUUUUGGCAUACGGGGUCAAGCUUCUAAUGGAUAUGGUGCCCCGUGUGAGGCAAACAAGAAACUACGAACGCUUUGAGUGAGGUUCUCAAACUGACUGUUUGUCCCCCUGCUAUCAACUCGCUCCUUAUGUGCUAAAAGUAGUGAUUGGACAUUUGAAUUUUGGGCGCUACGUACAUCACUGUAAUAAGCAUACCCUCAUCCAUCCAUCCAUUUUCUUUACCGCUUAUCCUCACUCGGGUCGCGGGCCUCAUAGAGUCUAUAUUCUGCAUUCAUGCAUUCUCAUGUUUCCCUUCCCAUACAUCAGACAGACACACUCAUUAAGAUAACUUUUUCUAUUGUUAAGCCUCCCCACAUUUCAUGAAGACUGGUUAAAUGAGAAGAUGGAGGGAUGGAAACUGAAUGAGUUCAACAGGCUGUGUCAUCAAACCAUCAAAUCAGGAGGCACACAUAAGACCUUGAUAGACGUCUUUUUUUUAAUCAUACACAAGCGGUUCAGACAAAGUGUAUAAAUUAUGAGUCAAUGUGAUGUGCUAUGUGAUGUAUCAAAAAAAAAAAAGCAAACAUCAUAUUUGCGCAGUUGAGGUUCAGUAGCCAACACUGAGUAGUCACUCUUCGAAGAAAUUAGCGCCUCCUUUAAGGUAUUCACAUUUUGAUAUCAGUGACUCUCAUGUAUUUAUUUAUUUAUUUAAUCAUUUGCCAUAUUUCAAUCUGUUUGCAAUGGAUGGGUCAAUGUAUUUUUUUUUCAACAAAAACAUGAACUGUCACCUUUUAACGGGGUAAGUGAAAAGUGAUUAAAAGAAGUAUAAUAAAACCAAAGUUUGUAAAAGGGUUUUUCAGCUAUAUAGAGAAACGUAUCGAGGCAAACAUUCUAAUCAAAUAUUUUUUUUUAAAUCAGGAGUUGGACUACACUAGCUGUAGCUGCGAAGGGUGGGGGUACAUGUGUCUAUAUAACUAGUUCUAUAUAGUAUUCAUGCUGUUUUGUUUGUAACAUUCUCUCAGGUUUUGAUUUUCUAUGUGAAGGCACUGAACUCUGAAGUGACCCCUGUGCCAUAAUCUUGGCAUCAUGGGCUCGAAAUACCUAAAUCUUGUAUUUAUCUGUUUAUUGUUGUUUGUGUCAUGUUUGAACAGUCAUUCAUGAAUGUUGACUAUUGUAACCUAAAGUGGGGUACACACAUACCGAUUUUUAACAUAUUCAUCGAUUUUCAAAAUGUGAGAGACCCCAGAAAGUGUGUUCUUACUAGGGGCCGUACAGACUAGCCGACUUUACUACUCAACAAUGAUAUUUAGAGCAUGAUGUCAACUAGGUUUUGGCUUGAGGAGGCAGAGCUGCUAGCUGCAACAGAUGAAUGUGCUGAACUUAAUUGGAGGAGGGAAAUCACUCCAAACUCAUCCCAGACCACAGAAAAAUCAAUUGCUCAGGAUAAUCUUUCAGAGACAUCCAAUACAAGGGCCUUUGCUCACUUUGAUCGUAAGGGAGGGAAAAUGCUGAAAAUCGGCCCCAUUAUGUGUGUACCUGGCUUUAGAAGAGACUGCACAAUGGCUGAGUGUCUACGUAGAUUCUCAGUCAUCCAGGUCAUGGUCGAGUCAAGGUUGAUUCCAGUUGCAUCGCCUCGACCUUUGUGGCUCACUACGGUUUACAAAGAUGAAGCACCAAGUGGAAAAGGUACAAAUUUGCAAAUACAGUACACAUAAUAUGUAUUUGCUCACCAGCACAUGAGACAUUUGUAGUGCAUGUUUUCAUGUCGCAAUGAACAGAAUGUAAACACCCACCACACAAUCUGUCAAUAAGUUAAACUUACAUAUGGUUCCGUUAGUUGAAAAAGUCACAAAUAGAUAUGUAGGUAAACAGCAAAAAUUUUGGAUUAAGAAGCUUCAUUUGAAAAUGUUAACAUGUUUACUUUAUAGUGCAUAUAUUCUGUAAAUAUUUUUACAUAUUAGUGAUGAAAUAAAAUUACACAUUUUACGGUCAGAUUUUGCACUGUAGGCUGUUGUCAUCCAACAACAGUGCCGGUUUCUGGCAUGUGCAUUAUGUGCGGCCACACAGGGCAGCAUUGCUGGGGGGCAGCAACACACCCCAAAUCAAUUUUAAGAAAAUGCUACAAGAAAUGGGUUUCUAUUGUGAAGGUAAUGGCACCACAAGUCAAUCAUUAGCGUUUGUAUGGGGAAUUUGCGCCCCCUUGUGAAAUCGCCCUCUGCAAGUACAGUUCCAUUCCAGUGUGUGUGUGCGCGCGCGUUGCUGGUUGAGUGGAGAUCAAGCUGGUACUGCUGUCUGACAAGGUUGUUGUUUUACAAACAUGCUGAUUACUAUCAGUUUGUAUUUACUGAUCUUUGGAAACGUCUGGGUAUGACCUCAGAGAUGCUGUACAUGUAAAUACUUUGUACUGAAUAUUCUGACAAUGUGGAUAGUGUCCGUUUUGUGUAAUAGACAUCCUCAUGGAGGAUAUGCAUUGUUCAUAGAUGAUGUGACAUGUGAAGACAGAUACCCAGAGUUCACAAAUGAUGACCCAUGUAUUUGCAGUAUUGGAAGUGAGCUUUGUAGCCAUGUGGAUCUUCAAUACUUGUGAGCUCCCUUCUUGUUAGAAACCACAUGGCAACAAUUUUAAUCUGUACAGGUAUACAAUGUACAGGGAGUCCUCGGUUUACGACAUUUAGAGGGUUAUGAACACGCACAGUUGCCACCGUACCUUUGAAUUCUUUUUUUUUUUUUUUUGUAUAUUCAGAGUUUUUGGUACAACUAUUUACUGGAAUUAUGACUUUACAACUGCGUUAGUGUAGGUUAGUGCACUGUUUUCCCAACCUUCAUACCACCAACUUAAAUGCCACAGAAGGUGUAUCAAGUGAAAUAAUGACAAUCUUGUCUCAAUUUACUCACAACAUUUAGUAUGAAAUGUGGGCCUGUUUAGUUGAACACAAAUCUAUUAUUCUGUUGUAUUAAUGGCAACAGGUGUAUACACAGGUGAAUUUUGGAACUUUUGAAAUCUAGUGUAAGAGAAUUAAAUUGUUCUGCCUGUCACUAUACAUCACUGGCAUGAAUAAAUGAUCCAAAAUGCACUAUUUGUAUUAAAUAAAUAAUAUUUUUUGGACUGAUUAAGUGUAAUUGGAUAAUAAAAAAGCUCAAUGGAAUGGAAAUCUUUCAUAAAUCGAGGACCUAUUCUAUAGUACAAGUUACUGAGUUACAGCGUUAUACUUUUUCUCUGACAGGGUCUACCUUGCACGUCAGUUUUCACAAAUUACAUUGCCAUAUCGGUAAAGUAUAAAAAAUACUGUGGUGUGGUCUCCUGUGCCAAUAACAGGAAUACAAUAAAUGAACCAACUCAUGUGUUGUCAGCUCACCAAAAGCACAAUGAUUCCACUCCUCCCUCUCUCUGAAGUAUUAGUAACAAUCAUUAGAAAGCAUAUUUUUAAGCACACUGUUGCAUAUUGUGAGGCACAGACCAAGCAUAUAGAAUCAUCAGGGUUCAUUAAAGUUGUUUGUUUACCUCUUAUGGUUUGGGUCUAGACUUUGCAUAGACCUUUCUACCUCUCUUCUUUACCUGCUUUAGGACUCGAAAGGUUUUUUCAUUUUCAAGUCCUUUUGUACCCACUUCACACUCCUGAAUUCACUUACUGUACCUUCUAAUGCUGCCAUGAUGCUCUUUCAUUCCUAAAGUAUCUUUGUGAAGCUUUGAAGUCAAUCUCACGAGCUGAAUUUCAAUUUAAAGCACAUUAAUGAAUUUGUUCGCUUUUCUGCUGCUUAGUGUAAAGGCUGAAGUGAGUUUAUUAGAAGAUGAACACAGAUCUCAAUCAUUACAGUUCACAUCUUUCACUGUAGUUGUACUGAUGAAUUAUCAUACCAAAUCGUUGCCGUUACAUGAUUGUUCAAUUCUAACAGCAGUGAUACUCUUCACUCUUUCGAUGCUUUGCAUGGACUUAAUCCAAUGUAGUCUCUAUAAGUAGUUUGAAAUGCAUUGCACACACACACACGCACACACGAUCAAUAUGUAUGUUGCCAUGUUUGUACAGUAAUAAGGUCUGUGAUAUUACCUAUAAUGUAUACACCAUUUAUUGUAUUUAUAUAUAAAAAAACAAAAAGUAUUUGUUUAAAAAAAAGUUUCAAUGAUUAAUAAAGAUUAUGCCAGUUUGUCCCU